AUGCUGAAGAACCUUUCCCAAUCCCUCCUGCUUUUGGCGGCUUUCAUAACCUCCGUCCCAGCCGCGCCAUCACCAUACCCUGGAAAAUGGGGGAAAGGACACCUCCACCCCGAAGGAGCUCGAGCGAUAUACUUCAUCACCAAUGAUGCCAGUAACUCUGUAGCAGCAGUGCCGGUUGCCUCGAACGGCCUGCUAUCUGAAGGCAGCCUGACUCCGACUGGAGGUGAAGGGGGAAACAGCAUCAGCGGAGCCACGAAUCAGCCUGCAGCUCCUGACGCUUUGAUUUCGCAGUCCUCUGUGACAAUCGCUGGAAAUAAUAUCUUCGCCGUCAACGCAGGUAGUAAUACCUUGUCAAUGCUGUCAAUUGAUCCGCAGGACCCAACGAAGCUCACCUUGAUCGGUGCUCCUGCCAGUCUCCCGGGUCAAUUCCCCAACACUGUCGCUGCGUCAGCAAACAACCAACUGGUCUGUGUCGGCACCACCGGCGUUACCAAUGGUGUCUCCUGCUCGUCUUUCUCCCAGAAAGGACUCGGCGCAAUGGACAGCCUGCGCUCGUUUGACCUUGUCCAGACAACUCCACCUGUCGGUCCGACGAACACGGUGUCGCAACUGUUCUUCUCUGAGGACGAGUCUCACCUGUUCGCGACCGUCAAGGGCAAUCCUGCAAUCAACACCACAGGGUUCUUCUCGGUGUUCCCUGUCGAAGGAGGCAAUUGGCGCGUGAAACCAAGUCUUUCAACGGUGGACACUCGCAGCUCACCAGCAGGAACGGCUGUCCUGUUCGGCUCGGAAAACAUCCCUGGGACUUCGAAUGUUUUUGUGACAGACGCAUCCUUUGGCGGCGCCGUUGUGUCGGUGGACGCGAUAAGCGGCACAGCGUCAACUGUGGCGAAGCAGGUCAUUGCGGGUCAAAUUGCCACCUGCUGGGCGACGAUUUCUCCCGUGACUGGGACUGCAUUCGUCGCCGACGUGGGGGUGAAUCGUCUGGUGGAGAUGAGCUUGUCAGAUGCCAGCAUCGUUUCAAUCCUGGACCUGUCAGCAAAUGGAGAUCCUGGACUUGUCGACUUGGAAGCCGCAGGCAACUUCAUCUAUGCUCUAUCUCCAGGCAACGGAACCACGCCUGCAGCAGUGACGGUGCUGGAUGUCUCGGGAGGUCCGGGGUCAGCAAAGCAGGUUCAGCAUUUCCAAUUGGCUGCCAUGGGUGUCGACAAGAAUGCGCAAGGUAUGGCAGUUUUUUGA